UGAUGUUUGUUUGUAGGGAAUUUUGUUUUGGAUCAGGCGAGCGCGCAAUAAUCUAAAUUUAUUAUCAUUCCGUAUUUGUGGUUCCGUUUAGAGCCGAGUCAUUAGAAUAAUGAACGAAGCAUUCCGUGCUAUAGAUGCUGGUGGUAGCCAGGACGAAGUAGAGGACGAAGAUGGCUUGGUAGAGGUGACGGAUUUCUACGACCCGAUCGCGGCUUUGCUUUCCAGCAUUGGUGGAGAGGCUGAGAAUCUCACCGAGGAACUCAGGAAAUAUGAAAUCAAAUACGAACAUCUCUCCGGUUUAUGCGAAGAGGAUCUCAUUAUUAUGGGUCUGAAGAACAAAAAGAUCCGGGAGGAAGUGCUGGCCGAUAUUGCAGCUCUACCGAAUCAGAUUGAUCAUUAUGACCUCGCUAUGAAAUCGAUAAACAUCCAGGGAUACAUUCGGGAGGUUUUAUUAAAUGCUCAAAAGCAUCUGGAAAGCCUGACUGCGUUGCUUACCCUAACCCAGCUAAAAAACUCCGCGCAUCAUGUGGAAAACGUACAGAUUGAAGAAAACAAGUAUGCCUCAGAUGUAGCGGUAAGUGUCUGUGAGAAGCUAGCGACUAAAAGUUGCGAAAUAGAGCAGUUUGUAAAGGAUCUUAAACAGGGACGAUUCUCGCGAAUUCAGAUUUCUUCAAAUAAGAACAAGGAACCCAAAAAGGGUGAUUGUUGCUACAAACUUUUACUAGUCUCAGUGCUGCUAGGCUGUGCGUACAUUGGAGUUAAACUUUUCAAACCACUAGUUAAGUAAAGUUUACAUGAGAUGAGAGCAUUAUUUUCUUAACAAAUAUAUUAAGCAUUUAUUUUGCAAAUUGAAAA